AUGCUUUACUGGCAGACCGUUUCUUUUACUCACUAUCGAACCAUUGCCGCGUUUGGCAAGCAGUCUUCCGUCACAAAUCGCUCGCAAGUGAGCCGCGAUCUUGCAUCGAUCUCCGCCGAUGUGGAGGGUCUCCGGACUCUUCAUCCGAAGUCUGACUAUCCGACUACUGCCUGGGAUCUUCCACUACACAGCCGGCACAACUUGCGAAUCUUGAUGCCUCCCGCCCCUCGUGGCCAUAUUCUUCCGCUCGUCAGAGACCAACCAGUUUCAGACACCAGCACCUUCAGCGUUGAGCUGUCUCCAGUCUGUACGGUACCACUCACCGCCGAUGGUGAUGGUCCCUGGAAUGUCUCGAAGCGCGCACCCGCCACUGAUCCAGUAACCCUCUUUACAACCAUCGAGGCUCACGUCGGCGUUACGCAAGUGACUGCUUACGAGGGUCUUGAGCGGUUCGAGUGA